AUGAAGAUCGAACCAGCACCCACACCACUACGACUUAUUCCAUCAACUCGUUUUCUUUUAGCUUUACUUGUUUGUUUUGCAUUUGUAGUUCAAUAUGCUCAACGAAUUAAUUUAUCUAUUGCUAUUGUUUGUAUGGUUAAUAAAACAAAAUCAAAUUUUGAAUUAGAACCAAAAACUAAUAUGAUUCAAAAUCAUACUAUAUCUACUGUCAAACGUACAUCUUUAUUUUUUAAUGAAAAACAAUUUUUCUGGAAUGAAUGGGAUCAACAAAUCAUUCUUGGUUCUUAUUGGGCUGGUUAUCUAUUAACACUUAUACCAAGUGGUUGGCUAUCGAUGACAAUGGGAGCAAAACGAAUGUGUGCAAUGGCUAUAUGUAUUAGUUCUUUAGCUACAAUAGCUCUUACGAGUAUUUAUUUUCUAAAAAAUAACUCUCUAAUAAUUGUUGUUAGUCUACGAAUACUUAUCGGUGCUGCUCAUGGUACUUUAUUCCCAGUUACAUAUACUCUAUGGUCACAAUGGGCAGUACCAAAUGAACGGGGUACUUUAACAUCAAUUGGUUUUUGUGCUUUCAUUGUACUUGUUGGUGGAGUUUUAUGUCGUUAUAUGAAUUCCGGUUGGAUACAUAUCUUUCUUUUAUCUGGUAUUCUUGGAUUUAUAUGGCUACCAUUAUGGAUGUGGCAAGUAUCCGAUACACCUGAACAUCAUCGAAGUAUUAGUAAUACUGAACGUGAUUAUAUUCAAAAUAUCAUUGGAAAAAAUACGCAAAAUAAAAAUCGUCGACCAAUAUCAAUAGGUUCAUUACCAUGGAAAAAUAUUAUUCGUUCAAAAGCAGUUAUUGCAUUAAUUAUAUCUGAAUUAUGUAAUCUUUUUGGAUUAUUUUUCUUUCUAAGUAAUUUCGGUAAAAUACUUACAGAAAUUCAUCGUAUCCCCACUCAAUAUACUGGUUAUAUAUUAGCAUGUGGAUUUAUGUUUAUGAUGGCAGGUAGUCUGUCAGCUGGUAUCACAGCUGAUAAUCUCGUUCGAAAAAAUCUAAUAUCAUUAAAUAAUGUACGAAAACUUUUUAAUGCAUUAACUACAUUUAUACCUUGUUUAUGCAUGAUUGCAUUUUGUUUUUGUGAUGAAAAACAUCAGAUAUUAGGUGUUCUUACUGUAAUUGUUUUUCUUUUAGGUUCAGGUUUUGCUUAUGGUUCUGGUUACAUAGUGAUUUUUUCUGAUAUUGUACCAGCUUAUUCGGCAUUAAUAUUUGGUAUAGCAACAACAAUUUCUUCUUUUAAUGCUGUCAUUGGAAAUCUUAUAGCAGGAAUUUUAAUUAAAAAUUCAACACUUCAUGAUUGGAGAAAAUUAUUUAUUCUCUUCUUUAUUGUUUAUUUAGUUGGUGGUAUUAUAUUUUUAAUAUUUGGUUCAGCGCUUCCUGAACCAUGGGGAACAUUUAAAGCACAACAACAAGUACAAGAAGAACAAGAAGCUAAACAAUCUGAGGAAGAAAUGUUACCGAUACAAAAACAACAAGAAACAAAUGAAAAAGAUGUUAAAACUGAUGAAAAUCUUUAUGUUAAUGCAUAA